AUGCCGGGAAUUCUCCGAACUGGGUGGUGGUAUGGACAUCUCUCUUGGUUGAGAGGGGGAGUUCGACGGCGCGCACGGCUGAGUAUUACCGCUGAUAGGCACGCAAACUUCGGCCGGCGGCUUCGAAGGAAGGCCAUGCUUGGGGGGCAGCAGGGUGUUGGGGGAGACAUCACAACGCGGGGCUGGGGCUGGGGGAGGGGGAGGGGGAGGGGGUUUUCUGGAUUCUGGGGUGCGAGAAUUGGGGCAUUUGCGCAGCGUACACCGAUGCCAAAAAAGAAGUGCGGCAAUUUUGCUAUUGGCUGGGGAAAGGAAAUGAGGCAUCGCCGAUCGUACAACACGGCGAAGGCCAUUGCCAUUGCAACAUGGCUGCAGAUGUCCCAGCAGCCUAGACUCCAGAUCAAGCGAAGUAACACCGCGAGGGGCGGCGUGGAUGGCUCAGAAACCAAUGAAGCAGCAGCCCGCGAGGUGGUCCGGGUAAGACGGCACCGGUUCCCCUGCAGGGAGGGAGGGGGCAGUGCAUCCAGGCGCGAGCGAGCGAGCGAGCGAGAGAGAAAGAGAAAGAGGGAGAGGAAAGAAAGAGGAGGAGAGAGUGUGUGGUCGUUGCGAGGGCGCGGGACGGGUUUUUAUAGAUCGAGCAGCCGGCCGUUGAAGCGGCGAGAGGAGGGCGCAAAAGCGGCGAGAGGCGACGCCAUCCCCGAAGCGGCAACGGUGCUGCCGCAACGGGCCUAG